AAGGUACAAGUACCUAUGAUGCUACAGGGAAGGCUCAGUAUAAGCAGGCAUGCGAAAUGUAUGGAGUAGUACCAAUCUCCUAUUUUUUGCGGAAUAUGAACAGUUCGGAGCUGUCUCUAAUGCAUUAUGGACUUGGACCAAAGGGAGCCAAAGCUAUUUCCGUUUCUCUGAUAACCAACACCACAGUUGUAAAGUUGAAUUUGAAGGAUAACUGGCUGGAGGCUGCAGGUGCCAAAGCAAUUGCAGAGAUGCUGAAGGAGAACUGUUACAUUGCAGAUAUUGACUUGUCCGAUAACCAACUGGGAACUGAGGGAGCCAAAGCAAUCAGCACCAUGCUGAUGGAGAAUACAGUCUUGAUAAGGAUUGUUCUUUCUGGAAACUGUUUUGAUGAUAAUGCUGCCCAAUACCUGGCGGAAGCCAUAAGCAGCCCACUCAAGUUGCAAAUCUUAAACUUGAGCCACAAUAGGAUCAACAAUACUCAAGGAAACGAGCUGGGAAAUGCUAUUGCAGAAAAUGCUGGUCUGAAGGAACUAAACUUAAGUUGGAAUCACCUGCGAGGCAAGGGAUGCAUUGGAAUAACAGAAGGCCUCAGGGAUAAUAUUUUUCUGAGAGUACUGGAUUUGUCCUAUAAUGGAUUUGGGAAUGAGGGAGCCAAAGCUCUCGGUGAAACACUGAAAGUUAACAAUGUGCUUGAGCAUCUGAAUAUCAGUAACAAUCGUAUUUCUGCAGAAGGAGCUGUGUUGUUAUCUUUGGGAUUAAAAGUUAAUAUCACUCUAAUUGGGCUUAAUAUGUCCCGGAAUCCUAUGCGGAGUGCUGGAUGCUAUGGGAUAUUGAAGGCUAUAAAAGAAAAUCCCAAAAGUGCCAUAAGGUCAUUGGAUUUCUCUGAUAUCAGAGUUGAUAAUGAUUUUGAGGACUUGUUCAAUAGCAUGAAAGAACAGGCUCCAGAUCUGGAAAUAAAACAUGAGAGGAAUCUUGAUCAGUUCAAAAUACCAAGGUCCAAGGUUGAUCCCCUGACAAGACUGAAGGAAUACAUGAAGGAGAAUCAGCUGAAGUUGGAGCAUUUCUUGGGCGCUUUUGAAUUAGAGGAGAACAGGCGUAUCAGACUCCAUAAGUUCCAGGAGGGACUGAAGAUUGCUAGAGUCCCUUUAAAUGACAUUGAACAGCAAAAGCUGAUGGAUUUAUUGGACAAUGAAAAGGAUGGCGAAAUUGACUUCAGUGCCUUGAAUGAAUUGCUACUUAGCAACUAAUCUCAUUCCAAGAAAUCUUAGUCUUACUGUAUGCCAGCAGAAUUUCAUUUUAACCGAGGAGCUUUGGAAUCUUCAGAAUUUGCCUGCAUGGACUUGAAAAAGGUUUUUAAUAGAUUGUUAGCACUGCUGCGCUCCAGUCUUUUCUGUGUGCUAACCCCAACACCAACAAUAAUUUAGCUGUCUUUCCCUAUAUAUGCAACUAAAAAAAAUUGUAUUUCAGAUUCAUGUUUAAAUUUACUGGUAUCUAAAUGCCAUAUCUUGAGAUAAAGCAAAACUAUUCAAGGUAGAAGAUACAAUCCCUAUCUAUUCCCGUGCAGCAUUUCUCUGCUGAGCUAAAUGCUGUCAAAGUAACAUUUAGGGUGCAAAUUUAUAGAUGUCACCACCUGAAUUCUGAUGAAAAAAGUCUUGACUGGAUGUCACAAAGAUCAAAGCAAGCUUGGAUUAGUCUGGUCACUCUAUACGGCUGAAUAGCAUAUGCUCAGAAAAUGUGCCAAAGUACAGUACCUGUAUUGAACCCUGGCUCAAACUUUACUUCAGAAAAUUAAACUUCACCUUUGCCUAAUUGAAAGGUUGAGACUGAGAACAUUACUUCUGUCCUUAUGUUUGACUGCACCUGCAAGUACAUGUUUCAAAUGUUUUAUUGUGACUAGUAUGGAUCUUUAGAAGCUGUGUGUAAAAUGAGCAUGUGAACUGAAAUCAAGUGCAUUGUUACCGAUAUAUGGGAAUUACUUAUCGAUGAACUUUUAUUUAUCUAACAUCUGCUAUGACAUUUUAAUUUUAACUUCAGUGAAUUAAGCAAUUUGCUACCUAUUUGCUUGUAAAGACUGUUCUAAUAUAAUGCAAGGCAAGAGUUACUUCAACCUUAGAUUGGUUUUAGAAAGUUGUACCUGAUUUAGGAUUCACUUUCUAAAUGAUGCCUGAGAGACGCAACUUGAGUUUGAGUCAAAUUGCUUUUAAAGUAUACCCAUUAACUACCUGAAACAAGUAUUGUAGCUAAACAUGGAGCUCAACCAUUCAUGUAAUCCAAUCUGUUUUUAUAUUUGAUUGCCACCAUCCUCACCAUCAAUUUCUGAAUAUGGAGCUCAACCAUUCACGUUUUUAACCAUUCUCACUAUCAAUUUCUUUUAACUUUUGCCAGGGGUAGAUUGGGAAAGCACAGUGAAGAUUAGCAGUUUAGGAGUUUGGGAGCUUGCAGAGAGGUCAGUGCACAUGAUAUAGGCUGCUCCUAAUGUUCAAAAAAAAGAUUUGUUUUAAUAAGUGGAAGAUGAGGAACAUCUCAAAACCAGUUUGGUAACGUCUGCAUCCAACUCUUUGAUUAAGACCAUAAGGUAUAUGAGCAAAAUUAGGCCAUUUGGCGCAUCGAUUCUGCUCCGCCAUUUCAUCAUGGCUGAUCCAUUUUUCUUCUCAGCCCCUAUCUCUUGUCUUCCCCCACCACCCCACCCCACCCCCAUAUCCCUUCAUGCCCUGACCAAUCAAGAAAAGCCUUUGCCUCCACAGAUGCCUGUAGCAACAAAUUCCACAGGUUCACUACUCUCUGACUAAAAAUAUUCCUCCUCAUCUCCGUACUAAAAGGACACCCCCUAUUCUGAGGCUGCAUCCUCUGGUUGUCGACACUCCCAUCACAGGAAACAUCCUCUCCACAUCCACUCUAUCAUCAGCUUUCACCAUUUGAUAGGUUUCAAUUAGGUCACCCCUCAGUCUUCUGAAUACCAGUGAAAACAGGCCCAGAGCCAUCAAACAGUCUUCCUAUGAUAAACCAUUUAAUCCGGGAAUCAUUUUUGUGAACCUCCUUUGAACCCUCUCCGGUUUCAGCACAACCUUUCUAAGGUAAGGAGCCCAAAACUGUUCACAAUACUCACCAGUGCUUUAUAAAGUCUCAACAUUACAUCCUUGCUUUUAUAUUCUAAUAUCGUAUUUGCCUUCCUCACCAAGGACUCAACCUACAAAUCAACCUUCAGAGAAUCCUACACAAAGACUUUAAAAUCCCUUUGCAUUUCAGAUUUUUUUUCAUUUUCUCUCCAUUUAGAAAAUAGUCUGCCCUUUCAUUUCUUCUACCAAAGUGCAUGACCAUACACUUCCCGAUACUGUAUUCCAUCUGCCACUUCUUUGCCCAUUCUCCUGAUCUGUCUAAGUCCUUCUGUAGUCUCUUUAUUUCCUCAGAGCUACCUAUCCCUCCAGCUAUAUUUGUAUUGUCUGCAAACUUUGCAACAAAGCUAUCAAUUCCAUCAUCCAAAUCACUGACAUAUUAUGUAAAAAGAAUCUGACCCAACCCAGACCCCUGCGGAACACCACGAGUCACCAGCAGCCAACGAGAAAAGGCUCCCUGUAUUCCCACUCUUUGCCUCCUGCCAAUCAGCCACUACUUUAUCCAUGUGUAAGGGGAUUUCGACUUUUAUGUUACUGCGGAGGCUAAUUAAAAUGGCGUCUUUGUUAUGUUAAUCUGGGGAAUGCGGGUU